AUGGGAUUGAAUUAUUAUGGAAAUAGAAAUUCAUUUCAUGAUAAUACUGUGCAUAAUAAUACACUCGCAACACAAUCUGUUUUGACAACUGAUAUUAAUCAAAACUAUGGUAAUGAUAGCCAGAAUAUAAAUAGAGAAAGAAACUUUGUUUGCACACGGCAACAAGUUGAUCUCAACAAUAAUUAUAGAGACAAAGAUUCGCAUAAUGGAAAUAUUGGAAAUAAUAUAACGACAACGCAAGCUAAUGGCAUGACAUGUGAUCACCAAGAUAUAAAUGAUAUUCACCAAGUUACUCAACUACAGCAACAAGUUGACCUCAACAAUAAUUAUGGGAACACAGAUUCACAUAAUGGAAAUAUUGGGAACAAUGUGAUAACAACGCAAGCUAAUAGCAUGAUAUGCGAUCACCAAAAUAUAAGUGAUAUUCACCAAGUUGCUCAAAUACAGCAAGUUGAUCUCAACAAUAAUACAGAUUCGCAUAAUGGAAACAUUGGGAACAAUGUGAUGACAACGCAGGCUAAUGACUUGAUAUGCGAUCAUGAUCAACAAGAUAUAAAUGAUAUUCGCCAAGUUAUUCAACUACAGCAACAAGUUGAUUCCAGUCAUGUACAACCUCAGCAAUGA